AUGAGCUCAUCCACCAUCCCGGACGACGAGCUCGAAAUUGAAAUCGAGAAAGAAAAAACGGUGGAAAGAGACUUUCCAUCUUCCCAACUUGUCCCCGUCCGGGCCGAGUCGACACUUGACAAGGCUCUCGAUGCCGAAGCCAACAUUUCCCAUUCACCACCUGAGCCAGUCAACAUAACAUCCUCCACCACAAACGUUGCGGAUGACCCUGGCCCUCCCCCCAACGGCGGCCUCUACGCCUGGCUCCAAGUGAUGGGAUCCUUUUUCCUGUUCUUUAACAGCUGGGGCACCGUCAACGCCUUCGGCGUGUUCCAAACGUACUACGAAAACAACCCGCUCUGGCACGAACCACCCAGCAACAUCUCGUGGAUCGGCUCCAUCCAAGCCUUUCUCCUUCUUCUCAUCGGCGUCAUCACCGGCCCGGCCUACGACGCCGGCUACUUUCGCGCCCUCAUCACGACAGGCGCCAUUCUUAUCCCGCUCGGCUUCAUGAUGACCAGCCUCGCCAAAGAAUACUGGCAGACGAUGCUGGCGCAGGCGUUCUGCAUCGGCAUCGGCAACGGAUGUAUCUUCAUCCCCUCCGUCGCGAUUUUGCCACAGUACUUCUCCACACGCAAGGCUCUGGCGAACGGCAUCGCCGCCUCGGGCUCGAGUCUCGGCGGCGUCAUUUACCCGAUCGUCUUCCGUCGGGUCGAGCAGCAGUUAGGUUUCGGCUGGGCUACGCGGGUGAUAGGCUUCAUCUCCUUCGCGACGGUCUGGUUUUCCGUCUUGGUGAUGAAACCGCGCAUCAUCCCCAAACAUAAACGACACCUGACCGACCUAGCCGCGUUCAAGGAAAUCCCCUAUGUUUUGUUUUGCGCCGCCAUGUUCUUUGGGUUCGUCGGCUUCUAUGGGCCGGUGUACUAUAUCCAACCGUACGCGAUCGGAAAGGGCAUCACGAGCGAGAAUGUGGGGUUCUACCUUCUCCCGAUCCUCAACGCAGCGAGUAUACCGGGCCGCAUCGUCCCUAAUUUCGUCGCCGAUUUUACGGGCCCCUUGAACGUGCUGAUUCCCUGCUCUAUGAUCACGGGCAUUCUCGCACUGAUUUGGAUCGGGAUUACGAAUUUUGGCGGCACACUUACCUUUGCGAUGCUCUAUGGGUUCUUUUCCGGCGGCUUCGUGUCUAUGCCGCCCGUGGCCGUUGUGACGUUGACGGCGGAUAUGCGCAAACUCGGCACCCGCAUGGGUCAGUGUUUCUUCAUCUCGGCCUUUGGCUUGUUGAUGGGGACGCCGGUGUCGGGUGCUAUCCUGAGCAGCUCCGGCGGUUGGCUUGGUGUGCAGUUGUUCAGCGGUAUUUCCAUCUUUGUCACCGGCCUGUUGUUGCUUUGGGCUAGGAUUGAUGUGACCGGAUGGAUAUUGUGGAAGAAAGCUUGA